UGGGAAUCAUGUCCAUCCUGGAGGAGGAGUGCAUGUUUCCCAAAGCCUCAGACAUGACAUUCAAGGCCAAGCUCUUUGAUAAUCACCUGGGCAAGACGGCCAACUUUGGGAAGCCACGUAAUGUCAAGGGGAAGCCAGAGGCCCAUUUCUCUCUUGUCCACUAUGCUGGGACAGUGGACUACAACAUCAUUGGGUGGCUGGAGAAGAACAAGGACCCCCUCAAUGAGACAGUGGUGGGGCUCUACCAGAAAUCAGCCCUGAAACUCUUGGCCAACCUCUUCUCCAACUAUGCUGGGGCAGAUGCUGGUGGUGAUGGAGGAAAGGGGAAAGGAGCCAAGAAGAAAGGUUCUUCCUUUCAGACUGUCUCAGCACUGCAUCGGGAGAACCUCAACAAGCUGAUGGCUAACCUGAAGACCACCCACCCUCACUUUGUCCGCUGCAUCAUCCCCAAUGAGCGAAAGGAGCCGGGUGUGAUGGACAAUCCCCUGGUAAUGCAUCAGCUGCGCUGCAAUGGGGUGCUAGAAGGCAUCCGCAUCUGUCGCAAGGGCUUCCCCAAUCGCAUCCUUUAUGGGGACUUCCGCCAGCGGUACCGCAUCCUGAACCCUGCCGCCAUCCCUGAGGGGCAGUUCAUUGACAGCCGCAAAGGCGCUGAAAAGCUCCUGGGAUCCAUUGACAUUGACCACAACCAGUACAAGUUUGGACACACCAAGGUCUUCUUCAAGGCUGGGCUGCUGGGACUUCUGGAGGAGAUGCGGGAUGAGCGCCUCUCCCGCAUCAUCACUCGCAUCCAGGCUCAGGCCCGAGGGCAGCUCAUGCGCAUUGAGUUCAAGAAGAUCCUGGAGCGCCGGGACUCACUGCUGGUGAUCCAGUGGAACAUCAGGGCCUUCAUGGGGGUGAAGAAUUGGCCUUGGAUGAAGCUCUACUUCAAGAUCAAGCCCUUGUUGAAGAGUGCAGAAACGGAGAAGGAGAUGCAGAACAUGAAGGAAGAAUUUGGACGGCUGAAGGAGGCCCUGGAGAAGUCAGAGACCCGGCGCAAGGAGCUGGAGGAGAAGAUGGUCUCCAUGCUGCAGGAGAAGAAUGACCUUCAGCUACAAGUGCAGGCUGAGCAGGACAACCUUAAUGAUGCUGAGGAGCGCUGUGACCAGCUGAUCAAGAACAAGAUCCAGCUGGAGGCCAAGGUGAAGGAGCUGACAGAGAGACUGGAGGAUGAGGAAGAGAUGAAUGCAGAGCUGACAGCUAGGAAGAGGAAGCUGGAGGAUGAGUGCUCAGAGCUGAAAAAGGACAUUGAUGAUCUAGAGCUGACUCUGGCCAAGGUGGAGAAGGAGAAACAUGCCACCGAGAACAAGGUGAAGAACCUCACAGAGGAGAUGGCCGGGCUGGAUGAAACCAUUGCCAAGCUAACAAAGGAAAAGAAGGCUCUGCAAGAAUCUCACCAGCAGACACUGGAUGACCUGCAGGCAGAGGAAGACAAAGUCAACACCCUGACGAAGUCCAAACUCAAGAUGGAACAGCAAGUGGAUGACCUUGAAGGCUCCCUGGAACAGGAGAAGAAGGUCCGCAUGGACCUGGAACGGGCCAAAAGGAAGCUGGAAGGUGACUUAAAACUGACCCAGGAGAACAUCAUGGACCUGGAGAAUGACAAGGAACAGCUGGAGGAGAAGCUCAAGAAGAAAGAGUUUGAGAUCAACCAGCAGAACAGCAAGGUUGAGGAUGAGCAGGCUCUGGCUCUGCAGCUCCAGAAGAAGCUGAAAGAGCUGCAGGCACGGAUUGAGGAACUGGAGGAGGAGUUGGAAGCAGAGCGGACAGGCAGAGCCAAGGUGGAGAAGCUGCGCUCAGACUUGUCACGAGAGCUGGAGGAGAUCAGUGAGCGUCUGGAGGAGGCAGGUGGUGCCACAUCAGUGCAGAUU